UCAAAAUGCGAUUGGGAGCUCGACUGUGCUUGUGUCUCUUGCUAAUUUCCUUUACAGUACUGAGCUGUUCUGCUAGAACCACCAUGUUACUUUCGGAUGAAAAUUUUGUUUUGGGGACAAAGGGAAGAUCACUGAGUGUGAGAGCCAACGACUACGAUGAGCCGAUCGCAAAUCGCGGCCACGAUCCUCCCUCUUCCUCACCGAGCCGAUCAGGCAGGGCAGGCAACGGUGGCAGCAGAAGAGGCUAG